AUGAAAACAUUAACGAUAGCUACUGUAUUUACAAUUCUGGCUGCGGGAGUAUUCGCGCAGCCUGCAUUUGCAGAUCAUUCAGAAGCCAUAGUCACCCAGCCGGAAAACGCCUCUUUAGUUCUUUGCCUAGAUACAAACGAGUGCUUCGUACCGACCGACGUUACCAUUGACGUCGGCGGCACGGUAACGUGGAUCAACGAGGACAUUGCAUUACACAAUCUGGCAAGCGGCACGAUCCGCGAUACAGAAGGGGUCGGAGAUCUGUUUGGCAGCCCAACUCUUUUGAUGCCGCCUGGCGACGAGUACUCCUUCACGUUUGACGACUUUGAGCCCGGUACAUAUCCGUACUUCUGCUUUCUGCAUCCGCAUAUGUCUGGCACCGUAACGGUGGUCGCAGCGGGUGAGGACGGCGACAUGAUGAUGAUGGAAGCAAGCGCUACAGGCAUGUUAGAGGACGGCACCAUGGUAAAGGUAUACGCUACAGAGCCAGCAGAGGGCGAGCGCAUGGAGAUCUCCGUGACGUUCGCAGACAGCGAGCAUGUAAACUAUGACCUCAUGGUAACCCAGAACGGCGAGGAGGUACUGUCAGACGCAGGAGCCCACGAACACAUGGGAAUGGGCGAGCACAUGACGGCACCACUGCCCUCAUCGGAUCCGGUGGACAUCACAAUCACGUUCCAGGGAUACGGAGUAGCGGCACCGCUUACGGGCCCGAUUGGAGAGGAAGUAGCCUUUACCAAUGUGGUUCCGGAGUUUGGUACGGUGGCAAUGAUCAUACUCGGUGUUGCGAUAACGAGCAUCAUUGCAGUAACUGCACGAUCAAGAAUAACCCCAAGAAUCUAGAACACUAUUUUUAUUUUCUUUUUUUGAGCAUGGCAACCACUGCCAGUACUACGCCUGCCGCCCCAAGGGACAUCCCAAAUACGGCAAAGUCGUACGCCGGUCCCGCAUCCUGGCCGGUGGCGGUUCCGGACUCCAGAUCCCUUUGCAGCGCAGACAUUG